AUGUCGUUCCGUGAAGAUGCAGAGGCCGCAGUCAACAGGGAAAUAUGUAACUUGACGCCAGAAAAAUUACGCCUUACCGGCAAAGAGUCGGGGGACCAGGCAGUAGAACCGUCCGUCAACGAAAAGAAUCAUGAGUUGAAUCGCUUAAGCUUGAUUCAAAUAGUUAUAUUCUUCCAGUUUACUAUAGCAGCUGCUCUUACGAUCUUUGCCGUAGUUGGUGUAUCGGUGAACCAGCCCAUAGGAUUCAUUCUUCUUCUCGCUCUGUUGCAGUUCCUAAUCACCGUUCCUGGCUUCGCUUACUAUUUCACAAGGAAGCCAGCCCAUUUCUUCGCAUAUCUACUGCUUCAAGCGAUUACUGGGGGAAGUGAAGUGAUCUGGUUUAUCUAUAGUGUAAUUACAAACACUUAUACAGUUAUCCAUCUACUGAUUCUUAUUCUCUUGAUUUGCGUUCAGACCGUAGCUCUCCUCGCUGCUACUAUACUCAAACAUGUUCAUAUAAACCUAAGCGAUGAAGCAUCGACAAAAAUGGAAACGAGACGUGGGCGUAGGCGUAGAGGAAGCAGCAAGAGCAGCGGUAGUGGAAGUGGGAAGCGUGGAAGAAGAGUUUCGAGAAGUUCCUCGCAAGAAGACGGGACGUCAAAAGUUGGAGAGAUUUCGUCUCCAUCCUCUCCACCUCGCAAACGAUUUUCUCGAGACCUUGAGCAGGGUCCAGAUAAAAGUAUCCGAUCAACUGGGCGGAGAAAACUUCUAGGAGAUUCGAUGCUCAAUGUCAAGGAAGGCCGUAGAAGGAUUCUGGAGUUGGCGCAGCAACUGAGGGACAGGCAGGUGUUGGGCCGAAGACAUAGUGACCCGUCGUUGAAUGCUAAAAAUGAUGAGAAAAGUGAGAAAAGUGUGAGGAAAUCAAAAAGCACCGAAAGUAGUUCCCUGGGUAGAAGGACUGCACCCGAAACAUUGCCGACUCCAAUACCGACUGGCCAGCAGUCGCCUUUUCAGAACGUGAGCUCAUCAGAAAGUAUAUGA